CAUAAAUAGUGUAGGACAGCAGUUUUGGUUUCUGUAGUUUCUUGGGAACAGAAUGAGCUUUUCAAUUUUGGCACUACUAAAAUAAAAUCACAUCAAAUAUAUCUUUGUUUUCCCCAGAAAAAUGUCCAUGCAGAAAAGUGAAAGGUACUAACUUGUGACGUUUUUUGGUUUACGAAUGACGAUAUCUGCUGUGCCUCGCGCUGAUUGGUCCUUCGCUAAACGAAAAUGAUAUUAACCAAGAUGGCGCCGGGCAAGAGAGAAAAGUGAUGAGAGAAUAGAACAACAAGCGACCAAACUCCAUAACAGUUUGCAUGUAUUCGCUCUGCGCGAUUAUUUUAUGCCACACCUGUAUUACUUUCACCCGGAAACUGUCAAACACGCGAGGAGAGGACGCUGCGACGCAGUUAUUUUGCUAACUGUUUGUUAACCAGCUGCUAAAGUCGCUAGCCUACCUAACGUCUGCUAACGUUAACUGCGGAAGGCGAGUCAGGAGAAAGCAGGCAGGCGGUUCAAAGUAGGAGCCGACAAGUCAAGCUGACUUUAUUUUGGUUUGGAGACGUCGUCUUUUAAUAAGGUAGCACGUCUUUCAUAGUUUGGAGCUCUGUCAGUUACAGCAGGGUGUUGUUAGGAAAGAAACGUUAUACCUCUGAUAAAUAGAGGUGAAAAGACGAGGAAAGGCGUCAUCUUUGCUGACUUGACGCCAUGGCUCACUCUCCAAUUCAGAGCGGACUGCCGGGGAUUCAGAAUUUCAGAGCUGAUCCAGAGGAGCUUUUCACCAAGUUGGAGAGGAUAGGCAAAGGCUCUUUCGGUGAAGUCUUUAAAGGCAUCGACAAUCGAACUCAGAAAGUUGUGGCCAUUAAAAUUAUUGAUCUGGAGGAAGCGGAGGAUGAAAUAGAAGAUAUUCAGCAGGAAAUCACAGUUCUCAGCCAGUGUGACAGUCCUUUCAUCACCAAGUAUUUUGGAUCCUAUCUCAAGGGUACAAAAUUAUGGAUUAUUAUGGAAUAUUUGGGUGGAGGAUCAGCCCUUGAUUUGAUGGAGCCGGGUCUACUCGAUGAAACACAGAUCGCCACCAUCCUAAGGGAAAUCCUGAAAGGUCUUGAGUAUCUGCACUCUGAAAAGAAAAUACAUAGAGAUAUCAAAGCUGCCAACGUGUUGCUGUCAGAACAGGGUGAUGUGAAGCUUGCAGACUUUGGAGCAGACAUCUGGUCAUUAGGAAUAACAGCAAUAGAACUGGCUAAAGGAGAGCCUCCCCACUCUGAGCUUCAUCCGAUGAAAGUUUUAUUCCUCAUCCCAAAGAACAAUCCGCCAACACUGGAAGGAAACUACAGUAAACCACUUAAAGAAUUUGUUGAAGCCUGUUUAAAUAAGGAGGCUAGCUUUAGGCCAACUGCCAAAGAGUUGUUAAAACAUAGGUAUAUUGUAAGGCAUGCCAAAAAGACGACCUACCUGACAGAGCUGAUUGACAGAUACAAGAGAUGGAAGUCAGAACAGUCUCGGGAUGAAUCUGGCUCCGAAUCUGAUGAGGAACAAGAUGGCCAGGCAUCUGGAGGUGAUGAUGCUAUUUUUUUGAGUCAGCAGAGUUUACAAACGGCAACUGAGAUCCUGCACAGUAUGAAACAGAAAGGCGAGACAAGUAAUGGCAAGCCAGAAGCUGCAGAAGAGCUGCGAAAGGCCAUUGUUCAGGCAGAAGAAAAAUACCCAGGAAUCUGUGACUCCCUGGUGGCUGAACUAGUGCAGAGACUUCAGAGGUUUUCUGUGCCGCAUGCAGCCCCCACUCACUGAGAUGAGCCAAGUCCAGUUGUGCUCCACUUUUCCACCCUGGUGGCAGUAGUCAGAUCUUUUCCUCUGACCUCCACAGCCAGAAUGAAGUCUCCCAGGAAGGUCUCCAUCACUUAUUUGCCUGAAGCAAAUCCUGGCCUACUUAAUGUCUGUUUAUAUGCUAGCACAGCAUCAGAGGUUCCUAUUCAAGACAGUCAGUGGCCACUCAGUUAGCUGCCACCUGCUGUAAGAUUCCCCUUCUCGAUACCUCCUUCUCAACUGUUUUAUUUUAAGAGCACAUUAGCUGUCUUUCUGGAAGGACUUUAAGUUUUUGGUUUUGGUGUGUUUGUGGCUUUUUCCCACAUAGGUUUACAGUCGGCAUCCUUAUGGAGAAAAUAACUUGCUUAAUUAAUUGUGUGCAUGUGGCUGUGUGAAAGAUCCUGUGAAAUGUGCAGUGAAGCGUGACGAGUGGGUUUGAAGCAUUCUAUUGAAAACUCAGGUAUCCCGCUUUUAGUGGAUUGGGUCUACUGGGAGAUGGAAAGAGCUCUGCAGGGUGGUUGUACAGACUUGUAAAUAAGCUGAUUUCUACAGUUUCUUGAGAGGUUAAUGGUGCAUUUGGAACCACUGUGUACAAAUGGCCAAAUGCAAAGUGUAGAUAAUGGCUGUGAGGUGAAUAUUUUUGAGAGACUUAAAAGGCCACAAGUGAGAUUGCCUUGCCUUUGUACUUUAUUCUUUUGUAUAUCUCUUUGAUUUCUCUCUGUGUAGUUGGAAACUUUUUAAGUACUCAUCCAGUGAAUGAAAGUGGCUGCCCUCUAUCAUGGUUUACUAUUGAUUUGUUUGUGUAUAUUUCUUGAUUCUCUUUGAUUUCACACUCUUUAGUGUGGCUGUAAUAAUGUUGGAGAAUGUCUGAAAAAGAGAGAAAUGGCUGGUUUAUUUAAGCCCCAGCAGUUUUAAACACUGGAUGCUCCGUUUCCAGCCCCAAUUCCAUAAAGCUUCGAGUUGUGUUGGUUUGUUGGACUCUGCCUCAUCUCGCUUUUUUUGUUGUUUUUUGUUUGUUUCUGUGUUUGUUUGUUUUUUCAGCAUUUGAUUGAUAAACUGAGGUUUCGUCCAUUCAUUCCAUUAACAGGGCAGUGCCAUCGUCUGAGUUUAAAUCAGCAGACUCUCUUAGUCUUCCUAGGAGCUGCAGCGGUACUAUCCUCCUCAGUGUACCUACAGCUUUAAUUGCACUUCAAGUAUAAAUGCCUUUGACUAUUAAAAAAAAAAAAUAGUAGCCAUAAAACAGUAGCAUGAGACUUACGGUAUUUUGCAGGUAUUCACUCUACCAUCCGGGACGAACAAAAGUCUGCACAAGUCUCACAGCUUGGACUUUGGAGUUGGUCAUGCAGUGUAAUAAUUGCCUGGCUGUAUCAUUUUGAUUUUUAACUUUGUGAUAAGUGUGCUAGUUUUCUAGACUCCUCACAGCAUAGAUGACACUGCUCUCAGAUGUAUAUAUUAACAUAAAGCCAAGCAGUGUUCAGAGACCAGUGGCACUGCUGCUACGUUUGACUCUAGCUUAAAAGGAAUGUGCAUGGUAGUAUAAAGCCUAAUGGUUGGCCUGAGUAGUAUGCGUUGUAGCAUACUCCUACAGGACUGAAGGAAUGUUGAGCCCUAAACAGAGUCAAAUCAGCCUUAUAGUAUUUGUGAUGAAUGGGAUGAAUAGUAUCAGCUUUAAAGUGUUGGAUCUGUUGCUUUUGUUGUGACUUGUCCUCUGUUUCUAAAUUCAGUGAUAUUUUAUUGAUGAAUGACAAAAAGAUCAAAAGCAUUUCUCUUUUUUUCAUAAAAGAAGGUGCACAUGAGCAAAAUUACCCUGUAUGUAGGUUGUCUUAAACCUUUUUUUAAUAUAUAAUCUUUGGGGUGUAAGAAUCAUUUUUUGCCGAUAUAAUGUAUACAAUACACACGAGAAGUUAAAGGAAUAGGUUGACAUUCUGGGAAAUACUUAUUUUAUUUGUAGUGGAGAAAGGACAAGAAUAAAAUCAGUUACUGUGUCCUUUUUAUUAGGUAUACAGUGCAGUCUGACCUUAAAAUCUACUUUUGUAAUACUGCACUGCAAUGUUAUUUUGACAGUAUUUUUGCAACUCAUCAGUUAGACUGCAUCUGUUUACAAGUGUUAUUAGAGAAGAAGAGAAUAAAAUUUAGUCCAGGAUACAUUACCUUUUUAAUUUCACCGAAAAAGUGAAAAUGUAAUUGGAGGAAUGUACCUUUAUUGCACGACACACGGUUUCCAUUGUACUUCUAUAACAUAAGCCUCCUAUUAAAGGUAAUCUGCCGAUCUCAGAUUUUACAUCACAAUUGUGAGCAUCAUAAAGAGACGGCAUUUGUAUUCGACUGAUUUAUACUGCAGAUGGGUUCCUAAUAAAGUGGUCACUGAGUGCUUAAGUUAACAGGAACACGAAGUAUUUCCUGUAUGUCAACCUUGUUCUUUUAAACAAACCAUUUCAUAGUUCCUUUCUGCUUCCUGUUGUACUUCUGGUGGGAAAUGGACUAAAAUGAGGGCAGUUGAAAUGCUGAUCAGAUGAAUAAGUAGAAGCUGGUUAACCGAGCGACUGCACAUAAUGAGUCUGCUCUUCAUUCAAACAAAUGUGCCAUUUAUGCCCCAAUCUGCACCUUUAACGUGAUCUAGUGUGGCUCUUCUCUUUUUGUGUUGCGCUGUGUUGCUUUUUUAAGAUGUUACUCAGUGUUAUGGAGUUUUCUUCUUCUUCUUUUGUGUGUUGUAUGGCAAUAAAGCAGUGUGAUCGGCAGGAGUCAUCUCUCAGCACAAGUAGGCAUAUACGCUAAUAACUAUUUUUAUAACCCCAAAGAGCAGUAUUAUGUAAUAGAAGGAGUAAAGCUGGAUUCUGUGAUGUGUUCGAAUUUCAGUUAACACUGGAUAGCAAUCAUUUAAAAUGUACAUUUCAGUUUGAAUGAUUUUUUUUUUCUUUGCUGACAAGUUUCUAGUCCAGUAUGUGUUGUUGCUCAUUCAGGACAGUGCUGUUGGAUUUCUUGGAAUUAGUCAAAUGUUUAAGAAAUAAAUAAAAAUUAAGUGGAAAGUUGAAUAGGUUUGCUUUUUACAUUUUCCUGACUCAGACUGUAGUGCCUCUUGGAAAUAUCACCCUUCUUGCUGCUUGUGGUUAUGUGAUCGAAUUUCCUUUUUAAGUUUUGUAUAAUAACCCACACAUUUCAAAGUCCACAUAUUCAAAAUCAAGAGAUGAAAUGUAUGGCUACUGCACAAAGGUUUUCAGUUGAUGCAGUAUGCAUUUCGCACAAUUGAAUGCUGCACGCAGAUCAAAGCAAGUAUGCUUGUUUGUUUUUGUUUUCAGUUUGAAUUUUAAACAUAAGAAAUGAUACUGAAAUAUUCUUGGCAACAUUAUCAGAACGGAGACGAUGAUUCAUCUUCGGACUGUAUAGGGAUAUAGAGAAACCAGUCAAACACAUUUCUGAAUAAAACAUUCCUUAAA